AUGUCUAAUGGUUUUCAUAAAAAUUGUGGUACAAGUGUAAAAAUUUUUAAUAAUAAAUAUGCUAUUUAUAACUCAUCAGCACAAAAGGAUGAUGGAUAUAUUUUUUCAAUGAAACCCCUUGAAAAGUAUACUAAAUUUAGUUUUUCUACAUGGAGUGAUAAACAUUAUAAUAAUGUAAAUAUUAUUGUUGGUUUAACUACAAUAGAUCCAGAAACAAUAAUUCCUGGUCAGUUACCUGAAAAUUAUCAUAUUUUUGCAGAUUCUGCUCAGUAUACUGAUAUUUAUAAUAUACCUAAUAAUGUUAUACCAGCAUAUGAUAAUGAAAUGUCUGUAUAUUAUACAUCAAAUGGUGCUUUUAUAAUGCAUAAUAAUGCUGAUAAUUCUCCUUUUUUAAUUGGUUGGAUUGAACCAAAACAAAAAUUAUGGUUGAUCUUAAAAUGUACAAAAGAAUUUAAAAAUAUAGAAUUUUUAGAUUGUAGGACAAUUUUACCAAAUCACGUAACUGAUCUUUAUCACAUUUCACACACAUGUCGAUUAAAAGAUGAAAUGUGUGAAAAGUCUGUAUCACCAUCUAAAUAUAUGAUUAUUGUUGCAGCUACUGAUCAAGGUGAAAAUGAAAAUACCGAAAAAAGUAAUUUAAUAUUAAAUCAACCAAAUGCUGGAAGUAUGUUAAGUACACCAAAAGUAGCUGGUCUUGGUAUAGAUUGUGUUUAUCCAUCAUCCCCAAAUUAUGGAAGUUCUAUAGAUUCAUCAUACUACUCACCAUCACCAAUACAUAUAUAUAAUAAUAAUAAUAAUCAAAAAGAUAAAAAUUUGUCACAUGCUAUUAUUAAUUUAUCACCCUUAUCACAAAAGCAAACAUAUAUACGUAAUACUCAUUGCAACAUUCCUUUAUCAUUUAUUGAUAACAUGAAUUCUAGAAUAAUGAAAUCUUCAAUAAAUUGUGUCAUUUGUAUAACAAAUAAAAAAGAAUUUGCCUGUUAUCCGUGUGGGCAUGCUUGCCUUUGCCAAGAUUGUGUAAAUAUGUUUAAAGGUUAUGGAAAUUCAUGUCCUAUUUGUAGAAAACAGAUUCGGGAUAUUAUAAAGAUCUAUUUUUAG